GCAGUCCGAACAACAAUCAAAAUCCAAGGCACCCAUUAAAUUGCAUUUUCUAUUAACAAGAAAAUCAGAAUUGCAUCCACGUACACCAUCUCCAUCCGGAAAUCUAUCAUCAUUCAUCAAUCCGAGCCUACAGUACUAAUCGAUUCUAGCAGAACCUUUACUGUGAAUUCUUGACGCCCCUCCGUCCGCUCUUUAUCUCCAAUUUCAACACAGAACAAGACCCAGGCCAGCACAGUACUCCCUCGCCUCGCUCAGGGAGCUCGAAUUCGACUUCACUGAAAAAACUCGAUAAUUCCUACGGAGAGAGAAGGUCUAUUACUAUUAGCCUAUUACCAAGUAAACUUGGAAACAGCCAAAGCGAGCGAGCAAUGGCUUCCAUAUCCAAUCCCCUCCUCUCCUCAACUUUCCUUGGUACUCAACUCCACCUCUCUCCCCCCACCCCCAAAACUACCAAACCCUCUUUCCCUCUUUCUCUUAUCACUAAAAGGAAAUUCCUCAUCACUAAAUCCACUCUGAAAAGAAACCCCAUUUCAAAUUCAAACACCCUCAGAAACAUCCCAUCUCAGGCCACUUUGGCUGCCCUAAUUUUCUCCUCCAUUGCACAAAACCCUCCCGCGGCCCUGGCCAUAGAUAACAACAUCAACACCCCAUCUCCCCCACCUGCAAUUGAAGCCGAAGCCACCAAGGCCAACCCCUCUGCAUCCUCUCCUUUCUCCCAAAAUCUUCUCCUUACUGCCCCAAAACCACAAGCCCAGUCGACAUCUGAUCUCCCUGAAGGUAGUCAAUGGCGAUACAGCGAAUUCCUCAAUGCAGUCAAGAAAGGAAAGGUCGAACGUGUUCGCUUCAGCAAAGACGGGAGUGCCCUCCAGCUCACCGCUGUCGAUGGCCGUCGAGCCACCGUUACCGUCCCUAACGACCCAGAUCUGAUCGACAUCCUCGCGAUGAACGGCGUCGACAUUUCCGUCUCGGAGGGUGACUCCGGCAACGGCCUUUUCAAUUUCAUCGGGAAUCUUCUUUUCCCGUUCCUCGCCUUCGCUGGAUUGUUCUUCCUCUUCCGACGAGCACAGGGAGGCCCAGGUGGCCCAGGCGGUCUCGGUGGUCCGAUGGACUUCGGUAGGUCGAAAUCCAAAUUCCAGGAGGUCCCGGAGACUGGGGUGACUUUUGCUGAUGUCGCCGGUGCCGACCAGGCGAAAUUGGAAUUGCAGGAGGUUGUUGAUUUCUUAAAGAACCCGGACAAGUAUACUGCACUUGGAGCGAAAAUCCCUAAAGGUUGUCUCUUGGUCGGACCUCCUGGAACUGGAAAGACCCUUUUGGCCCGUGCCGUUGCUGGAGAAGCUGGAGUGCCGUUUUUCUCGUGUGCUGCGUCGGAGUUUGUGGAGUUGUUCGUAGGAGUUGGAGCAUCGAGGGUUCGGGACUUGUUCGAAAAGGCAAAGUCCAAGGCCCCCUGCAUUGUAUUUAUUGAUGAAAUUGAUGCCGUGGGUAGGCAGCGUGGGGCUGGGCUCGGAGGUGGAAACGAUGAGAGGGAGCAGACAAUCAACCAGCUUCUGACGGAGAUGGAUGGGUUCUCUGGCAACAGUGGUGUGAUCGUCCUGGCUGCCACCAACAGGCCGGACGUCCUUGAUGCCGCAUUGCUAAGGCCUGGUAGGUUCGAUCGGCAGGUCACAGUCGACAGGCCUGAUGUGGCCGGUAGAGUCAAGAUACUUCAGGUGCACUCCAGAGGAAAGGCACUUGCAAAGGAUGUGGAUUUUGAAAAGAUUGCAAGAAGAACUCCUGGUUUUACAGGUGCUGAUUUGCAAAACUUGAUGAAUGAAGCAGCCAUUCUUGCAGCCAGGCGGGACCUCAAGGAGAUAAGCAAAGACGAGAUAUCUGAUGCUUUGGAGAGGAUAAUUGCUGGGCCUGAGAAGAAGAAUGCAGUAGUGUCAGAUGAGAAAAAGAAAUUAGUUGCUUAUCAUGAGGCUGGGCAUGCUCUGGUAGGUGCACUCAUGCCAGAAUAUGAUCCAGUUGCUAAGAUCUCUAUCAUCCCUCGUGGGCAAGCUGGUGGGCUUACAUUUUUUGCUCCAAGUGAAGAGCGGCUUGAGUCUGGGUUAUACAGCAGAAGCUACCUGGAGAACCAAAUGGCUGUAGCACUUGGUGGAAGGGUUGCGGAAGAGGUCAUAUUCGGGAAAGAUAAUGUCACAACUGGAGCUUCCAACGACUUCAUGCAGGUUUCACGUGUGGCUAGGCAGAUGGUUGAACGGUUUGGAUUCAGUAAAAGGAUCGGACAGGUUGCCAUUGGUGGACCUGGUGGCAAUCCCUUCUUAGGUCAACAGAUGUCAUCCCAGAAGGAUUAUUCAAUGGCCACUGCAGAUGUAGUGGAUGCAGAAGUGAGAGAACUGGUAGAGAGGGCAUAUGCAAGGGCCACGCAGAUCAUUACGACCCAUAUUGACAUCCUCCACAAGCUUGCUCAACUUCUUAUGGAGAAAGAGACCGUGGAUGGGGAAGAGUUCAUGAGCCUCUUCAUUGACGGCAAGGCGGAGUUAUACGUUGCUUAACCCACCCACCUAUCACCUCUUAAAAUUCUUGUUGUAUUAUAAUAUUAUUUAAUAAGACACAUACACAUCUUGAAAAAAGAAAUUAUUUCCUUAGAAUGGAGAAAAAAA